AUGCGGCGAAAUGCGGCGCUGGGUAACACAGUCUCGCUCGGGGACGCGGCGAGAGAGAAUGGCGGAGUAGGCAGCAGCAUCAGUGCUGCAUGUGAGGGUGGCAGCGGCGCAGUGCUGGUUACCAGAUGCAUCAUGGGGGACGGCAACCGAGUUUUGGCGAGUGAGAAUGGCGGGUUUGCCAGCAGCAACGCUGCUGCUGGGGACGAGGGCGGCGGCGGCACAGCGCGGGUGGCUAGCAGCGGCAUGGGAGACAGCAACAUUGUUUCUGCACACCUCACACAGAGCUGCACUGCUCCUUGCGAGGGCGGCAGCGGCAAAGUGCUGGAUACCAGCGGCAAGGGAAACGGCGGCAGCGGCACAGUGCAGGUGGCUAGCAGCAGCAUGAGAGACGGCGACCGAGCUUCUCCGCACCUUUCGGAAAAAACAAAGGAGUUAAGCGAGGCUGCUCUUAACGAACACGAGCCUCCUGCUGUUCCUGAACCGGUAAUCUCUGGGAAGAGAAUUCGGUUCCUCUUUGCAGAGGAAGGAGCACAGUUGGCUGCCCUGCAACGCUUGCCAUCGCUGGGUAAAAUCGUAUCGCACAUAGCUUCUGCACGCCUCUCACGGAGUUGCACUGCUGCUGUUGGGGACGAGGGCGGCAGCAACGCUGCUGUUGGGGACGAGGGCGGCAGCAGCACAGUGGUGGUUACUAGCGACACGGGAGCAGGCGGCAGCGGCACGGCAGACGGCGGCAGCGGCACAGUGGUGGUGGCUAGCAGCAGCAUGGGGGGCGACGACCGAGCUUCUCCGCACCUCUCGGAAAAAACAGAGGCGUUAGGCGAGGCUGAUCUUAACGAACCCGAGCCUCCUGCGUCUCCUGACCUGGUAUAUUCUGGGAAGAAAAUUCGCUUGCUCUCUGCGGAGGAAGGAGCACGGUUAGCUGCCCAGCGACGCUCGUCAUUGGCAACGCCAGGGUGCAAGGGGGGUGCCAUGCUUGGGGAUGGAAGCUUCAUUGAACCCUUGGACUCCCCGUCACACCCUUUGAGCACCUGUCAGCAGUUUCACCCUUCUGUUUUUCCUCUGGAGCUUCCUUGGAAUCCAUUCUACAGCCACCCGACUCAACUGCCAUGCACCCCAUACGCUUUAUUGAGAAACCCUUUGUUUGCUGGUAGCGCCGCCUUCCCUUUUCAACUGCAAGCAAUGGGAUUGGCCAGAGACGCUUCACCCGCUGCCGUGGGAUUGGCCAGAGACGCUUCAGCAGCAGUGCAGCCGGAGGAAGCUUCCAAGCUGGAAGCUUCCAAAGUUGGGGACAACCUAGGGCCCUUGAAAAGGAGAAUACGCGAGAUAAGGAAGAAGGGCAACAAGAGGGCGAAGCUUAUCGGAGCUUCUGCCUUCACUCCCACUCCUACCGCCCCAAGCACUCCCACCAUUUCACCCACUCCCUCCAAAUCAGUGCAAGCGUGA